AUGAAAAUUACAACCGAAAAUUUUCGUCCACGUAAAUUAAAUAAUUGUCCAAGUAUACUUGUUGCUUUAAUGUAUCGUUCAUGGCAUUCGGAUCCAAAUGAAAGACCAACAUUAUUUUUCAUUAAAAGAGUUCUUCGAUUAAUAUUAAAUGUUUUACCAAUAGAGAAACAAAAAUGUUCCAAAGAAAUUAUUAAUGAUAAUAAAAAACAGUGGAUAAACGAAUGUAAUUUAUCACAAAAGCAUUUAUUAAAUGGACCACGUUUAGAUAAUAAAGAUUCAGUAAAUAUUUAUCAAGAUUGUCUAAGAAAAGCAAAACAUAUUACAGAUGUUCAAAAAGAUAUGUCAGAAAUGGAACAAACAUUAGAAGCAUUUCAAAAGGAAAAAGAUAUCAAAAAAGAUCAUUAUGAUCAAUUAUUAAUUGAAAAUGAAAAACUAAGCCAACAAAUUGAAAUGUUACGUGAAAAAAUAUUACAUAAAAAAGACUUCAGUAAAUAG